UUAAUGUUCAUUGUAGCACUUCCGGAGGACGAUUUGGGAAUGCAACUGUUUUCAGGACAUUUGUACAAUAAUUCGACUAAGUGGUAUUAAAAAAAAAAAAAAAAAGACCCGCUCCCGGGCGUCGUGUUUCGGUUGGGCCGGCUCGCUGAGGCUGCGGACGGGACAUGGAGAUCCCCAAACCCCCUGAAGAUCAAGAGCUGAGGAACGUGAUCGACAAGCUGGCUCAGUUUGUCGCUCGAAAUGGCCCCGAGUUUGAAAAGAUGACGAUGGAGAAACAGAAGGACAACCCCAAGUUCUCCUUUCUCUUUGGAGGGGAAUACUUCGGCUACUACAAGUGCAAGCUUGCUAUCGAGCAACAGCAGCAUCCCUCUACCCACGAUGGGGAGGAGUAUAAGGCUGAAGAUAUGUACAACCCGGGUGCCAAAGAUGUGGUCGAUGUCCCGCCGCCACCCAUGUCCAUCAUCGCUCCCCCUCCGAUCCCUCCGCCAGCCACGCCCUCCAUCGACGAGCUCAUCCAGCAGAGUCAGUGGAACCUGCAGCAGCAGGAGCAGCAUCUGCUCACACUCAGACAGGAGCAAGUGACAGCAGCCAUCUCUCUGGCGAUGGAGCAGCAGAUGCAGAAGCUGCUGCUGGAAACGCAGUUGGACAUCACCGAGUUCGACAACCUGCUGCAGCCCAUCAUAGACACCUGCACUAAGGAUGCAAUCUCUGCUGGUAAGAACUGGAUGUUCACCAACGCCAAGACUCCACAGCACUGUGAACUGAUGACAUCACACCUCCGCAACCGCAUCACCGCCGACUCUGCACACUUUGAGCUCCGCCUACACCUCAUCUAUCUGACCAAUGACGUCCUCCAUCACUGCCAGAGGAAGCAGCAGCGGGACUUACUGGCAGCCCUGCAGAAGGUCGUGGUUCCCAUCUACUGCACCAGCUUCCUGGCUGUAGAGGAAGACAAGCAGCAGAAGAUCACCAGGCUGUUGCAGCUUUGGGAGAAAAACGGCUACUUUGACGAGGUGACCAUUCAGCAGCUGCAGAACCCAGCACUGGGCCUGGGGCAGUACCAGGCGUCUCUGAUCACCGAGUAUGCGGCGGUGGUGCAGCCGGUGCAGCUGGCCUUCCAGCAGCAGAUCCAGGCCCUGAAGACGCAGCAUGAUGAGUUUGUCAACAGCCUGAAGCAGCAGCAGCAGCAGCAGCAACAACAACAACAGCAGCAGCAACAGCAGCAACAACAGCAGCAGCCGCCGCCUGCCGCCGUGGGUCAGCUGGCCGCCCCUGCUGAGGCUGAGAAGGCCUCGCCCAUGACGUCACAAGCUGCAGAUGUAAAAGGCUCCAUGUCAGGCCCGGCACCAGGUGAGUUUGACGGAGCCUCGUCCAGACAGCAAGACCCCAGUAAUCCCAGCGGGCCACCGGACAUCCCGUCCUCCAAACCUGCCUGGUACGACCCCCAACACAUGGGCCCCUGGAACCCCAACCAGCCGCCUCCCUUUGACCCGGCCCAGCCCCCGCCCCCCUGCCCUCCCUGGAACAGCCACGAGGGGAUGUGGAACGACCAGAGGGACCCAGGGAGCUGGAGUGGAGGCCCACCCAGGGAAGGAGGCCCUUGGAGCGGGCCGGGUGGGUCCGACCCUGGCCCCCCAUCUUGGAACUCCCAGUAUGACCAGCAGCCGCCGUGGGGGAACCAGCCCGACCAGCCCCCACCCUGGGGCCAGAGGGAGCCCCCGUUCCCCCCACGCAUGCAGAGACCUCCACACUUCAGAGGGCCCUUCCCUCCCCACCAGCAGCCGCCUCCCUUCAACCAGCCACCUCCGCCGCCCCACAACUUCGGCCGCUUCCCACCACGCUUCAUGCAGGACGACUUUCCUCCCAGACACCACUUUGACCGGCCGCCGUACCCCCCGCACCGCUUCGACUACGCUCAGGGAGACUAUCCGGGAGGUGAGGGUAGAGAUAUGGGUCCUCCUCCCCACCAUCAUCCCAACCAGAGGCUUCCUCCUCCAGGCAUGGGGGCUGACCACCCCCCCUGGGGCGCCGGCCAGCACCCAGAGUUUGGCCCACCGCCCCACGGCUUCAACGGUCAGUCGCCGCACAUGCGUCAUCGGCAGCCUCCAGCCCAUGACGACCCCAGUCUGGUGCCCAACGUGCCCUACUUCGACCUGCCAGCUGGCCUCAUGGCUCCACUGGUUAAACUUGAGGACCAUGAUUACAAGCCACUGGAUCCAAAAGACAUCCGGCUGCCGCCUCCCAUGCCUCCCAGUGAUCGGCUACUAGCUGCUGUGGAGGCUUUCUACAGCCCCCCGUCCCACGACAGGCCCCGCAACAGUGAAGGCUGGGAACAGAACGGCCUGUACGAGUUCUUCAGAGCCAAGAUGAGAGCCAGGAGGAAAAAGGGGCAGGAGAAACGCAACAGUGCCCGUGGACCCAGUCGGUCCAGGAGUCGCUCUCGCAGCCGAGGAAGAUCGUCGUCUCGCUCCAGCUCUCGCUCCUCCAAGUCCUCAAGGUCACGUUCACGCUCCUCACGCUCCCGCAGCCGCUCCCGGUCCUACUCACGAUCCAGGUCCAGGAGUCGGUCCAGGUCGUCCCGCAGCCGCUCUCGCUCCAGAUCCCGUUCCCGGUCCCGCUCACCCACCAAAAGACGCCGCGCCCCCAAGUCCCGCAGCACCUCUCCUCCCUCCACGUCAGGUCUGGGCACCGGCCCCCCCAAACCUCUUCCCGACACCCGGCUAGGAGAGGAAAACAAGGGCCACCAGCUGCUUAUGAAAAUGGGCUGGAGUGGUUCGGGCGGUCUCGGGGCGAAGGAGCAGGGCAUCCAGGACCCCAUCAAGGGCGGAGACGUCAGGGACAAGUGGGACCAGUAUAAAGGAGUGGGCGUGUCACUGGACGACCCGUACGAGAACUACCGCAGGAACAAGAGCUACAACUUUGUUGCCCGUAUGAAGGCUCGCGAGGAAGUCAAUCGGGAACCUCAGGAGGCCCCUCCCACUGAGUGAUGUCAUCAAACCGCCGCCGCCGCCGCCACCUCCCUGCGUCCAGCCAGGAUCCAGACCUGCCAGCCACCGUCGGUCUCAGACCCCGAGCACCAGCGUUCAUGUCCGCUCGCCCAAGCCCGAGUCCUUUCUCAUCCCUCAGAACUCAGUGUGUUUGGUCUGACCCAGCACCGCCGCACUAGUGAAAUAUUCCAACAAGUGCAAACUCUUUUCGCUCUGCACAAUCAAGAAAGUGCCCAAACUGGAGCGGCUUCAGUUCCGUGUUGCUGUUUUGUUUUGUUUUUGUUUUUUUAUUUACAUUCAUGAGCAGAUCCAAACGAGCAAAGCUAAUAUUUUUGGAUUUCUGCUUUUGUUCAAGCAGAAAUUAACAGCACUGCAGAUUAAGCAGAGUCAGCACCAACAAUGGGUGGAUGCACACACACACACACACACACACACACACACACACACACACACACACACACACACACACACACACAGUUUAAAAACCUUUUCCAAGUCAGCAGACUGUUUUUCGGCAUUUAGAAACCGUAACAGAGUAAUCAAGCAUCGAUGAUGGUCCGCACUCAAAACACAGCUUUUAGUCUCCCACCUCUGACUUUGUUUCUAUGUUAUAUAUAUUUUUUUAUUUAUCAGUGUUUAAAACUGGUUUCCAGGCCUUGUUUAGUUUGCAGGCUGACUUCACAAUAGACAAAAUGCUCAGGCACUGAAUAUAGAGCAAAAAAGUGAACUGCUGUUUGCCUCAAUGCAGUGUUUUUGAUGUGGAUCGUCUUUUUCUAUCUGUGCGCACACUGGCCGUUAAUUGAAUGAGAAAGUAUUUGAAACCGUUUAAAAAAAAUGAAUAUAUAUUUUUUAUUUUGCUUCUCCCUCACUUUGUUCCAUUAAGAAGGAAAAAACACAUCAUCACAGAGCAGGGAAUGGUGGCUCUUCCUUUGAAUGUUGUUGCUUUUUCACUGCUGAUAAUUAAUUGUGAUACAUUUUUCAUGUAAUAUUUUCACAUGCAGUGAUAUUGUAAGUCUUUGAUUUUAGUUGUAGUACUCUGUGGCUUUUUGUAUAUAAAAAAAAAACAAAAUAAACAAAUCCCACAAAACCAAAAUGGGCAUGAAUAUGAAAUAAAAUCUGUUGUUUCAGGUUAGUUUCGUCUCCACAAAAACACAGAACAGACGAAUAAAUGGAUUUUAACAUCA